GAUUAGACCGAUCAAAAUUAUCAAAAUGGUACAGGAUAAGUUCCCUCCUCUUGAUUAAAUCCAAUUUUCUCACGUGAACCAUUUUUGAUAUUAAAAUCGGCAUCUUAGGCUUUCGAAUGCUUUCCCUUUUUCAUUUUUUUCGGAGCCUUGGUGCUCUUCAUUUCCGGCAAUGCGCUGGUACAGAUUGUUUCGGUCUUGCUCGAUCCAAAUUGACCGUCAUGGCCGAUAAUCGUUUCCCCAUUUAGAGCAAUCUUGUAGCUAACUUCGAUACUAGCAUCAUAGCUUGCGGUAUUAUAGAUGCGCCAAGUGUAGCAUUCGUCUGGGUUGAGGUACAUUUGUUCCUGCCAGGUGCUGUACUUGCGGAUCAUGACGAAUUGGCCAUUGGAAUCCUGGAGACUCCAUUGAAUAGCGGAAGCGUCAUUACCGCUGACGUCGAUGCUGAGGUGCUUUCCGGCGCCGGAAGAAGGAAGCGGUUUCCUCUUGAUGUCGUCGCAAAAUGAGGCAACACUAUUCAAUACCAAGCAGCUGGUUGACUUGAUCCAUUUUGCUCUCCUGCUGGUCCGGGAAUAAAUUCCAGGUCCAAAGCAAGCAAAGAGUCCUCCUGUUUCUGUUAGGAAUGCUGGACCACCGGAAACGAUGCCAACAAGGGUAUCAACAAAUGUCCCAUCUCCGCGGUAGGUUCGUUUCACGAGUGGGCCACCCGAGUCGCCAAAGCAGCUAUCCCUUCCGUUCUCUAUAUCUCCAGCACACAGUGUAUCUUCUGUUAGGUCAUGAGGAUACAAAAGUUGUAUACCGCUAAGAAAAAAUUCCACGCAGGACUCAUCACUGAUUGCAGGAAUGGUGACAUUUUGGAGAUAAUCGGGAAGUGGAAAAUUGUCAUCAGGGCCGGAGAGCAUGCCGGAGGUUGCGCCAAGACCCAUGACAAGCAGGUCCAUCCCCUCAGCAGGAAAAGCAUCAUCCUCGUUGAGUUCAAGCGUAACAAACGAUUGGUCUAUAGUUACAGGUUCGUCGAGCUUGCAAAGGGCAAAAUCGUUGUUAUUUGUAUCAAUGUUAUACAUUGGAUCAGCAAUAUAUUGAUCGCAAUGCCUUAGCUGGGCUCCCUCGGCAGUAGAAUUGAAUUCAUAGGCACCAACAAUUACCAUCUCUCCCCUCAUGUUUUCACAAUGAGCAGCGGUGAGUACAAUAUCGGGCGCCACGAGUGCACCCCCACACCUCCCGUAAUGCACAAAAUAUGGAAAGUCUCCGGGUUCGGAUUGGACUCCGUUGACGAUCCUCUCGACGUCAACUUCGUGCGCAAUGGGCAAAGCGAAUGUGGAGGUGGCCGUUCCUGCUCCCGUGAGCAACGCAGAAAUGAUGGAUCUCUUGGAUAGCAUGGUUUUGAACGAAGUGAAUGGAUGUACUGGUACGAUUCUUUGAAAUCGAACGAGAUGAGGUAGAAAAAUGGAACAAAAAUCCUAACAGAUUGCUAUCAAAUACAAUACAAUGCAGCGACGAAACUGCAACUCAAUCAAACUGCAACUACUAACUAAAUUUGGUGCGCUUGACAUUAGGAGCACUAGCAUCUUUGGCAUGGGGUCCUUUAAACACCUGAAUCUCGGGCUUAUUUCAAAAAUGGCAACCUGGAUUUAUGCAUAAUCUUUAGCUUCGAUAAGUACUACACGUCUUUACAGUAAAGAGCACGGUAGCUACUCCUCGUGAAACCCUCCUAAAUAUCCAUAUUAUUGCCGGUACUCUAUAUACUAGUGAUAAAUCUUCGGUUUAAUACGGGAAUGACCCAAUGUUUCAACUUCUACUUUAGUACCGUUUUUAGUACCGUACUACUAUCCUUUUUGUUGCAUUCGUGUAGUACAUAUUCGCUAGUACGAAUAACGUAGGUUCUGUCGUCCCCCGUUUCUUACAUCAAAAUUUGGCCACCACCUACCGGUACUGUAACUUUGUGAGCCAGUUUAAGCCGUCAUAUCACCUAUUGGUUCCGGAUGACAUGGAUCUUUAAGUAAUAGUAGUAUCAUUAAAGACAUAUCAGCUGGUGAACGGGAUCAGAGUUUUUGGCUCACUUGCUGGCAUAUUUUAUAUUUUAUACUUCUACUUCAGUACUUCGUACUAAGUAUUUUAUGCAGCCGGUCUGGAGCACAACCUACUAUUUUUGUCAUGUACUGCUGCUGUACCGUAAGACUGGAACCGCAGCCAUUCUAGAGCAGUUCAUUCAGACAAAUGCAAACGCAUAUCUCCCCAACACUAUGACUGAGCAUAUCACCAAAGGGGACGACAUUAGAGCCGGUUCUAGAGCAGUUCUAAUGGCCUCACAAAAACUAUUUUGAUUAACUUCAAGUCAACCGAUUAAGCAACUGAUUCCACUGAAAACUCGAAAUUAUUCCCCCUGAUACGUAGUUACGUACCUAUGUAAAUUGGUUUCCUAAUACCGUACGAAUCGUAUGAAAUUAAAAUGAUCUAAGCCCCAUUUCAGGAAUCGAGUUUAGUUUUCUGCGACUCUUCGAUUUUC